AUGCCGACCGUCAUUAGUGCAACUGUGGCCCCAAGAACAGGGGCCGAGCCCAGGUCCCCGGGGCCAAUUCCUCACCCAGCCCAAAGCAAGACCACCGAGGCUGGGGGUACACAGCCAAGUGGCAUCUAUUCAGCCAUCAUCAGCCGCAACUUCCCGAUUAUCGGAGUGAAAGAGAAGACGUUUGAGCAGCUCCACAAGAAGUGCCUGGAGAAGAAAGUUCUUUUUGUGGAUCCCGAGUUCCCACCAGACGAGACUUCGCUCUUUUACAGCCAGAAGUUCCCCAUCCAGUUUGUCUGGAAGAGACCUCCGGAAAUUUGUGAGAACCCCCGAUUUAUCAUUGGUGGAGCCAACAGGACUGACAUCUGCCAAGGAGAUCUGGGGGACUGCUGGUUUCUCGCGGCCAUCGCCUGCCUGACCCUGAAUGAACGGCUGCUUUUCCGAGUUAUACCCCACGAUCAGAGUUUUACUGAAAACUAUGCAGGGAUCUUCCAUUUCCAGUUCUGGCGCUAUGGAGACUGGGUAGACGUGGUGAUUGAUGACUGUCUGCCGACAUACAACAACCAGCUGGUUUUCACCAAAUCCAACCACCGCAAUGAGUUCUGGAGUGCUCUGCUGGAGAAGGCUUAUGCCAAGCUCCAUGGUUCCUAUGAAGCUCUGAAAGGUGGGAACACCACAGAAGCCAUGGAAGACUUCACAGGAGGGGUAACAGAGUUUUUUGAGAUCAAGGAUGCUCCCAGCAACAUGUACAAGAUCAUGAGGAAAGCCAUUGAGAGAGGCUCACUCAUGGGCUGCUCCAUCGAUGAUGGCACGAACAUGACUUACGGAACUUCUCCUUCCGGUCUGAACAUGAGGGAGUUGAUUGCGAGGAUGGUGAGAAAUAUGGAUAACGCGCUGCUCCAAGACUCAGACCCGGACCCCAGGGGCUCAGAUGACAGGCCAUCACGGACGAUUGUUCCGGUGCAGUAUGAGACGAGGAUGGCCUGUGGGCUGGUGAAAGGUCAUGCCUAUUCAGUCACUGGGCUGGAGGAGGCCCUGUUCAAAGGCGAGAAGGUGAAGCUGGUGCGGCUGCGGAACCCCUGGGGCCAGGUGGAGUGGAACGGCUCUUGGAGCGAUGGUUGGAAGGACUGGAGCUUUGUGGACAAAGAUGAGAAGGCCCGCCUACAGCACCAGGUCACUGAGGAUGGAGAGUUCUGGAUGUCAUAUGAUGACUUCAUCUACCAUUUCACAAAGCUGGAGAUCUGCAACCUCACGGCUGACGCCCUGGAGUCUGAUAAGCUUCAGACCUGGACGGUGUCUGUGAACGAGGGCCGCUGGGUGAGGGGCUGUUCUGCCGGAGGCUGCCGCAACUUUCCAGACACUUUCUGGACCAACCCGCAGUACCGUCUGAAGCUCCUGGAGGAGGAUGAUGACCCUGAUGACUCUGAGGUGAUCUGCAGCUUCCUGGUGGCCCUGAUGCAGAAGAAUCGGCGCAAGGACCGGAAGCUGGGGGCCAACCUCUUCACCAUUGGCUUUGCCAUCUACGAGGUUCCCAAAGAGAUGCACGGCAACAAGCAGCACCUGCAGAAAGACUUCUUCCUGUACAACGCCUCCAAGGCCAGAAGCAGGACCUACACCAACAUGCGGGAGGUGUCCCAGCGCUUCCGGCUGCCCCCCAGCGAGUACGUCAUUGUGCCCUCCACCUACGAGCCCCACCAGGAGGGGGAGUUCAUCCUCCGGGUCUUCUCAGAGAAGAGGAAUCUCUCGGAGGAAGCUGAAAACACGAUCUCUGUGGAUCGGCCAGUGAAAAAGAAAAAGAACAAGCCCAUCAUCUUCGUUUCAGACAGAGCAAACAGCAACAAGGAGCUGGGUGUGGACCAGGAGGCAGAGGAGGGCAAAGACAAAGCAGGGCCCGAUAAACAAGGGAAAAGCCCACAGACAGGACCUGGCCACACAGACCAGGAGAGCGAGGAGCAGCAGCAGUUCCGGAACAUCUUCAGGCAGAUCGCGGGUGACGACAUGGAGAUCUGUGCAGACGAACUCAAGAAUGUCCUUAACACAGUGGUGAACAAACACAAGGACCUGAAGACACAAGGGUUCACGCUGGAGUCUUGCCGAAGCAUGAUAGCUCUCAUGGAUACAGAUGGCUCUGGGAGACUCAAUCUUCAAGAGUUCUAUCACCUCUGGAAAAAGAUCAAGGCCUGGCAGAAAAUCUUCAAACACUAUGACACAGACCAUUCCGGUACCAUCAAUAGCUACGAAAUGCGAAAUGCUGUCAAUGAAGCAGGCUUCCACCUCAACAGCCAACUCUAUGACAUCAUCACCAUGCGCUACGCAGAUAAACACAUGAACAUCGACUUUGACAGCUUCAUCUGCUGCUUCGUCAGGCUGGAAGGAAUGUUCAGAGCUUUUAAUGCAUUUGACAAGGAUGGAGAUGGUAUCAUCAAACUGAAUGUUCUUGAGUGGCUGCAACUUACCAUGUAUGCCUGAACCAGACAGGCCUCAUGCAAGACCAACCAGAAUUCCAACUCAGCCCAACACAGCUAGAGCCAUUUACCACAAAGAACCCAGUGGCUGCACAGCCUGGCUGCCACCUGAAGGCUAGUAUCUCCCUUGCUGGGAGGUCUGCCGAUUCUAAACUGCCUACUUAGCUUGCCCCGGGCUGUCCACAGCACCCACCAGUGGCCACAGGAGCCCAGUCACCAAGUCUGCACUUAGGAUGGGUCUACUCUGGAGUAAACAGGGCUGGUACUCUGGGCUGACAGAAAUAUGGCUGCAUUCUGAAAAACGCUAUCUGAAUAAAGGUACA